AUGAUGAGAAAUAGUCUCUUUAUUGCACUAAAGCAGGACAGGAAGAUGCUCUCUGAAAACAUGCUUCAUAGAAUAGUGAAUAAGCUUAAUUCCAAUGAGUCAUGCGUGAUAUUACUGGUUGGAAACAGAAUCAAGGCCGAGUUCAUUAGGGCACUGAAUGAGUAUCCUGGAUACAAGGAGAAGCUGAAGCCGUUUCUCUGCCACUCUGAGAGUCUCAGGCACAAGAUGUCUCAUCUGCUUGAAAAUAGGCGAUUCAGGGAGCUGACUGGCUACGAGAAGAAGCUUCUCUUUCUGAUUGAAACCAACGAGCAGUGGUUCAGCAGCCAGCAGCUCUACCGCCAUUUUUCGUCCUAA